AUGGUAGUUACCAAAAGACUAAAAUACGACACACCACGACUGAGCAUGGGCGCAGUGAGCAUAGAGAUGUCAAGAGAAAUAAAGAUAUUGGGAGUAACCAUCGACGAUAAAUUAACGUUUAACUCACACGUGGCGAAUGUCUGCAGAAAGGCGAUUGGAGUGCAUAAGAGAUUGGCAAGAGCGGCUAAGGCGAGCUGGGGCCUGAACCCAGAAAUAAUACGUACAAUAUAUGUGGCGACGGUGGAACCCAUCGUCCUCUAUGCCGCAAGCGUGUGGGCACCAGCAGCAAAGAAACUGGGAACAAUAAAACAGCUAGCAACUGUUCAGCGGGGGAUUGUGCAAAAAAUGUGCAAAGCCUACCGUACAGUGUCGCUAAACUCAGUCCUGCUGCUGACAGGGAUACUGCCUCUCGACCUCCGAGUCCGCGAGGCAGCUUCACUAUAUGAAGCUAAGAGGGGAGUACCCCUGCCAGAACUGAGAGAUAGGCGGGUUGAGCGCAUGUCGGCAGCUGCGGAAGCCCCGCACCCUGCAGAGCGAAGCGAGGUAGAAAUUAUAAGCCUGGUAGACCGAGAGCAAGUAGAUGCGCACAGUGACCACGAAGUCCGCAUCUUUACAGAUGGAAGUAAAAUCGGAGGCAAAGUGGGCGCAGCACUGUCCAUCUGGAACGAGGCGGCCGAAACCAAGGUCCGCAAGCUCGCCCUACCAAGCUACAGCACUGUCUACCAGGCGGAGCUAUUGGCGCUGUGUAUAUCAACACGGGAAAUCAAAAAACACAAGGCGAAAACGUUUGGAGUCUACAGCGACUCUAUGGCUGCCCUCCAAACCCUAAAAAACAGCAACUGCCUUCAUCCUCUAGCUGUAGAGGCAAGAGAAAACAUCAGAUCAUGUAGCAUCCAAGGGAAAUCUAUCUCAAUACAUUGGAUAAAGGCACAUGCAGGAUUGGAGGGCAAUGAAAGAGCUGAUCAAUUAGCGAAAGAGGCCGCUUUAGACUCCAAACAAAAACCAGAAUAUGACCUGUGCCCGGUAUCUUUUGUCAAGCGGAGCAUUCGAUUGGAUACGCUGGAAGAAUGGAACAAUAGGUACACGAGCAGUGACACAGCGUCGAGCGCCCAAACGCACCGUCGCGCUCUUAAGUGCGCCAUCGCGCUCCCAGUUGCUCCCUUGCGCUCCGAGACGCUUCCAAGUGCGCCAUCAGUGGAUCAGAGCGCCUAUCGCGCUCCUAAGUGCGCCAUCAGUGGAGCAGAGGACCCAAACGCGCCGGGUGCCGUCGAGCUCCAAAGAGUGCCAUCGUACUCCGAGUUGCGCCAACUUGCUCCUACUCGCGCCAUCGCGCUCCCGAGGAGGACAACAAGGGAAUAG